CAUGGUAGACGCUACUUCUGUGGUUUCAAUCAACGCAAUCCCAUCGUCUAUCCGAUCGUCUCCGAGUUCGAAUUCCCUACUUCCUGCCCAAUCAAUCUUUCCAACGAUGCGCUCCUGCGCGCCCCUCCUCAACCCACCCUUCAAACCCGCGCCCGCGCCCCAUCCAAACCUAAACCCAAAUCCCAGCGCCGCCUCCGCGCACGGACCAACACUGCUCCGCUGCGCCCUCGUCGCGCGCGCGGCCCCAAGGGACGAUCCGUUGCCGGCGCCGUCCAGCUUCGACUUCCUGGCGCUGAAGCGGGAGCUCGAGGAGCAGGAGGAGGCGGUGAUCCCUGUGGAUGCGACGGAGGGGGGAGGGGACGACGAGGUUGUUAACGAGGAAGAUGGCGAGAGGGUGCCGAAGAGGAUAGGUAGCAGCGGGAGGAGGACGGGGAGGCAAAUGGCGAGGCGGUCGGGGUUGCUAGCGAAGCAGGUGAUCAGCGUCAGCUCAGCGCGGAGCCUCGGGUUCGUGUCUCAGCUGUGGGUCGACGCCUCGUCGUGGGUUGUUGCAUUGGUCGAAGUGAGGCCAAGCUUGCUUUCAGGAGAUGCGGACAAAUUCCUUUUUGAUGAUAUAUAUCAGAUUGGAGAUGUUGUGCUUGUUCAGGAUGAAUCUGUGGUUGAGAACGAAUUUAAGCUAGUUGGGCUGCAUGGCUUGGUUGGCUACAAUGUUGUAACUUCCAGACGGCGCAAUGUUGGUAAGGUGCGUGGCUUCACUUUUAACAUUAACUCAGGAGUUUUGGAGUCUCUUGAGCUUGAUUCAUUUGGGCUUACCAUUGUCCCUGCUAGUCUGGUAAGCACAUACUGUUUAUUUGUCGAAGAUGUGCUUGAUAUAGUUUCUGAUACAAUCGUGGUGCAUGAAGAUGCAAUCUCUCGUGUUCAACGGUUAACACAGGGCAUCUGGGGCACCCAAAAUAUGCAAGGACCUGGCGAUCAGAUAGGCGAGUACAACAGAUAUGGCAGGCGAAGAGCUAGGUCUGUUAAGAGACAAAAUAGCCAGGGAAAGCCCAUGGGCCGAAAGCUCCAUAGGAAAACGCGAGAUCCGGAGGAUGAGUGGGAACUGCCAAUGGAGUAUUGACACACGCACACGCAACACUAGCUAUCUUCCCGCCCUCAGAGAAAGAAGUGUUGUCCCGCUCGAAAAGUCCAUUCUGCACCCGAGCUCAUAUGCUCCCGCAUGAACAGUAAAAUCGAAAAAAAAUCAAAAAGUUUUUUGAGAGAAACAUUGACAAAAGUUCUAAGUGCCUGCAAAAAUUCAUCAUGAAAUCACAUUCCUGUAAGGCGUGGCAAAAAAAACAAAUUCAGUGCUUCAAAAUGCGUUUGAAAGUAGCUUUUUCAGAGUACUGUUUUUUUUUUGCCACGCCUUCUAGGAAUGUGAUUUCAUGACUAAUUUUUGCAAGCACUUAGAACUUUUGUCAAUGUUUCUCUCAAAAAAAAUUUGGAGCUUUUUUGAAUUUUUUUCGAUUUUACUGUUCAUUUAAGCUCGGGUGCAGAUUAGGCGCGUCCUGUCCCGCUCUUCUUGCUCGGCUACAGUAGGAUAUGUCAGGUUUUGUACUACUACAUUAUUGGAAGAUCACGGGUAGGAAAGGAAAUAGUUUGGCCAUCUUGGGCGUGCUUUGGCUUGGUGGGUUAGUGAAAAGCGAGUAUGUCUGCCGACCUCCGAAGUCCUAAUUCUGGUACAGAAUGACUCAUUUGUGGCGAGCAGAGCCCUGGGCCCUGGUGAGUUCAUUCUCGUGUAAUGAUGAAGUUUCUUUUGACUUCACCGACACUGAAUGGCUGAAGUGUAUAUGCGUGUAAUCAUGUAGUGAUGUACUACCACUGGAGACUGGAUUAGUACUGCUAGAUUAGUACUCUAGCUUUAGCC